UUCCUACAGUGAACUCAUCACGUUGUGAACGGAAAAAGUAAAACCCCCGGACCGACGGCGCACGUCAUUACCGUCUCCACACUUCUCCCUGCUGUAAAACGAACGGUUCCCGGAUUUACGCUCAUUCGUCUUGGUUUCGUUCAGGAUUUUCUUCUCUGCGGUUGUCGCGAGACUUCAAUUUGAUGUCUACUGUAUAACUGAGGUAAAGGAGGCUGCAACACAGAAACUGUCUCGAUGUACAAGCGUGUGCCAUCUAGAGAUCUUGUUGAUGGCUUUGAUAGAGAAGAAAUCUUAGGCCAGUCACAGAAUGGCGUGUGGAACGAUAUUGGAAAUCCUUCAUGGAAACGUCCCUUGCCACAUGUUCUGGUGGCAACUAUGACAUCAUUCUUAUUUGGCUAUCAUCUUGGGGUUGUCAAUGACACAUUGGAAAGCAUUUCUCUGGACCUAGGCUUCAGUGGCAGUACCAUGGCUGAAGGUUUGGUGGUGAGUACAUGUUUAGGAGGUGCAUUUCUUGGUUCUAUAUUCAGCGGUUGGAUAGCUGAUGGGCUUGGUCGUCGGAGAGCAUUCCAAUUAUCUGCUUUACCAAUGAUUCUUGGUGCUUCCAUGAGUGCCACGACGAGUGGUCUGGAGGGUAUGCUUCUUGGAAGGUUCUUUGUUGGAACUGGAAUGGGUGUUGGUCCUCCUGUUGCGGCUCUCUACGUGUCAGAGGUCUCCCCAGCUUUUGUGAGGGGCACUUACGGGAGCUUCACCCAGAUUGCGACAUGUUUUGGACUUAUGGCAGCUCUUUUCAUAGGAAUUCCAGCCAAAAAGGUUCUUGGCUGAAAGGAAGAAUUGCUGAAACUGAAGAGGAACUCGAGAGGCUUUUUGGAGCAUCACAUGUUAAAUCUAUGAUGGCGGAAAUGUCAAAAUCAGAAAAAGGGGAUGAAUUGGAUGUUAAAUGUUCAGAAUUACUCCAUGUACCUCAUUCCAGAGUGGUGUUCAUUGGCUCAGUCCUGUUUGCUUUGCAACAGCUAUCAGGAAUAAAUGCUGUGUUUUAUUUCUCUUCAACUGUCUUUAAAAGUGCUGGAGUACCUUCAGAUAUUGGAAAUAUGUGUGUAGGAGUGGUAAACAUAUCAGGAUCAAUUGUCGCGAUGAUUCUAAUGGAUAGAUUAGGAAGAAAGCUGCUUAUUCUUUGGAGUUUCUUGGGCAUGGCUGUGGCUAUGGGUUUUCAAGUUAUUGCGGGAAGUAAUGAUUUUCCUGAUUUUGUAAAGUUGUAUCUAUCUAUUGGUGGGAUGCUGCUGUUUGUCCUGACUUUUUCUUUAGGUGCUGGGCCUGUCCCCAGUCUCCUCCUGUCAGAGAUAUUUCCAAACCGUAUCAGGGCUAAGGCAAUGGCUGUCUGCAUGGCUGUACAUUGGGUGAUCAAUUUCUUCGUCGGGUUAUUAUUUCUGCAUCUGCUGGAGUUGCUGGGGCCACAAAUUUUAUACACAAUCUUUGCCAGCUUUUGCUUGAUAGCAGUGGCGUUCGUGAAGAAGAACGUUGUCGAGACCAAAGGAAAGUCACUACAAGAAAUCGAGAUGGCACUUCUCCCAGCUGUUUAACUCAUAUUGCCGGAUCACCCAGCCAGGUAUUACUUAGGUUUGAUCUCGACGGCAGCCAAAUAACUGAAAUUGAAAAAAAAGAAACAACUUUCAUUCACGAGUAAGAAGUUAAUUUAUCCUGCCCUUGGCUUUUAACUGAACGUAGCUGAUAGAGCUUCACUUGCACGUUGCAAACAGCAAGAGAUCGCUACAUUUUAUUUUUGGGGAUCUCCUUUUUGUUCAUAGACGAGAUUGAUGAGUGCAUGUAUGGUGAUCCUGCUGUGAGAAUUCUCUACUCCAGCAAUGUGUAUAGGUAUAGCAUUGUCAUUUGGGCAGACCAUCGUAUCCGAUCAUUGUAUUUGUUUCUACUGUGUCUCGAUGUUAUUCAUAGUUGUACUCGUGAUGUAAUAAUGGUUUACUCUCAGACCCCAUCGAAAGGAACAAAAGUGAAAUUUCAGUUUAGAUGUUUCCGUGAA